CUUUCUCUUUUCUGUUAAUAAUAAAACAUCAUGGUUAAGCCUGUCACACCCCCUUCCGCAACCUUUGAUUUCUCUACCAUGGGAUUUCAAUACAGAGAUAUCAAUGGUUACAUGAAGUAUACAUGGACUGAAGAAACUGGCUGGAACGCCGGUUCUUUCGAAACUGACCCUUUAUUGAAGGUACACAUGUGUGCCACCGGUCUCAACUAUGGUCAACAGUGCUUUGAAGGUAUGAAGGCUUUCCGUGACGCUGAAGGACGUGUGCGUAUCUUCCGUCCUUACAUCAAUGCCGCUAGAAUGGCAUUAAGUGCUCAAAAGGGCUUCAUGCCUGAGGUUCCUCAAGACCUCUUUGUAGAAGGUGUACGCCGUACCGUAGAGGCUAACCUCGAAUACGUGCCACCCAAAGAGACAGGUGGUUCCCUCUAUAUCCGUCCUCUUUUAUUCGGCAGUGGUCCCUUCAUUGGCAUGGGUGCCGCACCUGAAUUCACUUUUGUCGUCUUUGCUAUGCCUGUGGGUGCUUUCUAUGUUGAUGGUGUUAAGCCUGUCGAUGUGCUUGUCAUUGAGGAUUGUGACAGAAGUGCUCCCAAUGGCACAGGUGCUGCUAAAUUAGGUGGUAACUAUGCUCCUACUUUUGGUCCCAUCAUGAAGGCCAAGAAACUUGGAUACCCCCUUACACUUCAUUUGGAUGCAAAGACACAUACCUGCAUUGAUGAAUUCUCUACUUCUAACUUUGUGGCUCUGACUCAUCCCGAUGCCGAAGGAAAGCGUACAUUUGUUACACCCAAUUCAGACACCAUCUUAAGAUCCGUCACACGUCUCUCUCUUGAAGACGUUGCCGAAAAGUUGGGUUGGAAGGUCGAGGAAAGACAAGUGACAUUUGAUGAAGUGGUACAAGGUAAAUUUGAUGAAGUGGCUGCUUGUGGUACCGCUGCCAUCAUCACACCUGUUCGUAAGAUUGUACGUGGUGAUCAAGUUAUCUUGAUCGGUAAGGGUGACCAAACAGAUAUUGGUCCUGGUUUCGAGCAACUCUAUAAUGAAUACCGUGGUGUUCAAUCCGGUGAUAUUGAAGAUACCUUUGGUUGGAUGUGGCCUGCCGAAGGUUUGUAGAUAUAAACAAAGCUUCUUUUUUUUUAUUACAGUUAAAUAAAUAAAAAAAAUAAAAAAAUG